CCAGGCGGCGCGCACAAGUCGGCCGCGAGUUGCAGGCGGCGGAGCGCUGGCUGUAACUUGACACCGGAGCGAGAGGCCGAGCGGAGAGAGGGAGCGGAGAGCGGCGGAGGAGGAGAGGAGCCCCAGGGAGCGGGAUGGUGACCACCUCCUUCCCCUCCCCUUAGCGGCGCUCCGCAGCAGCAGCCGCCGCAGCGCCGGGGACUCUCGCCUUGCCGCGGGGCCGGGGGCAGCCGGCGAUGGGGACGGGACGGGUCCCCUGAGCUCCCGGGAACUUUCCCCGCCGCGGGCAGCCGGAGCCGAGCAGGCGGAUGGAGGAUGCGCUUUCCCGGGCGGGCUGCGUGACCCGGCGGCGGCGAAGGGGAGGAUGAAGAAGAAGCAGCAGCACGGCGGCGGGGACUGCCCGGCGCCCCGGCCCCCCGCGACGACGGCGGCGGCGGCGGGAGGGGGCCCGGGCCCGGGCCAGGGCGGGGGCUGGAAGAGGCGGCGGCCCCUCUCGCUGCUGCCCUUCCUCUCGCUGCGCGACUACGGCUUCUGCAUGGCCGCCCUGCUGCUCUUCUGCCUGGGCUCCCUCUUCUAUCAGCUCAACGGGGGGCCCCCGCACUUUCUGCUGGACCUGCGGCACUAUCUGGGAAAUUCCACUUAUUUGGAUGACCACGGACCACCCCCUCAAAAGGUACUUCCUUUCCCCAGCCAGGUGGUCUACAACAGAGUUGGAAAGUGUGGGAGUCGAACUGUGGUUUUACUUUUGAGAAUUUUAUCAGAGAAACAUGGAUUCAACCUGGUUACUUCUGACAUCCAUAACAAAACAAGACUGACCAAAAAUGAACAGAUGGAAUUGAUUAAAAACAUAAGCACUGCGGAGCAGCCCUAUUUAUUCACUAGACAUGUUCAUUUCCUCAACUUCUCAAGGUUUGGAGGAGACCAGCCAGUGUACAUCAAUAUUAUUAGAGAUCCUGUCAAUCGAUUUUUAUCCAAUUAUUUUUUUCGACGUUUUGGAGACUGGAGAGGAGAGCAGAAUCACAUGAUCCGUACCCCCAGCAUGAGGCAGGAGGAAAGAUAUCUGGACAUUAACGUAUGUAUCCUUGAAAACUACCCUGAAUGUUCCAAUCCCAGGUUAUUUUACAUCAUACCAUAUUUCUGUGGACAACAUCCAAGAUGCAGGGAGCCUGGUGAAUGGGCCCUUGAAAGAGCAAAGCUGAAUGUUAAUGAAAAUUUUCUGCUUGUGGGCAUUCUGGAGGAGUUGGAGGAUGUGCUGCUUUUAUUAGAAAGAUUCUUACCUCAUUAUUUCAAGGAUGUGCUUAGCAUCUACAAAAACCCAGAACAUAGGAAACUUGGCAAUCUGACUGUGACAGUGAAGAAGACCGUCCCCUCUCCAGAAGCAAUACAGAUCCUCUACCAACGCAUGAGAUAUGAAUAUGAGUUUUAUUACUAUGUCAAAGAACAGUUUCACCUGCUGAAGCGCAAGUUUGGACUGAAAUCUCAUAGCAGGAAACCACGUCCCAGACCCGAGUUCUUCAUUCCUUCUCCCCUGGAAACAGAGGAACCGAUAGACGAUGAGGAAGAAGAUGAUGAAAAGUGGCUAGAGGAUAUCUAUAAAAGGUGAUGGAUGGAAGAACUAUCCUUUCUCUUCUGGUGACCCCUUCAGCUUUCUUAAGAUUUUUUUAAUUAUUGUUAAAAGUAAUUCCUUGAGGAACUGAGUUAACGCGCAGCAGCAUUUGAAACAGAACGGAAGAGACCAUUCCCACAUGCUGGGGCCAUCGGGAGAUACCUGGUUUUGCAGGUUUGGUUCAUUAUACGGUGUUGGCUCUAUAGCAUCUUUGCUGUGACAUAGUUCAAGAGAGAAGUAUCUAUUGUCUAUCACAAAAUAACUUUUGGAGCAUAUGAUAGUCCUCUGAGAACCUGCAAAACAUAAAAGAAUAGAUUAGGCGGUCUUGAAAAGUAAAUUUUACAGACUCUUAUCUCUCUCUUUCUCCAGAAACAAGUCUUCGUUGCAUAACACUGCGGCAUUAACUACCGGCAAUGUGAACUACGGGCAAUGAGCCGUUUGGGAAGAGUGCCUCUUUCUGCCCAGAGCACACGUACCCAGUGGUACGGCCAGAGUCAUUGCCACGUGUGUGCACAUCCAAGGAUAACAGGCACAGAAAGGGGCUAGAUAACAGCUUCUGAAUUACCCUGUGUGGGAGGAGCAAGGCUGCUAUUCUGGCAAAUUAAUACUAGUGGACGUAAGGCAAGUUAAAGAAACCAGGUGGUUUUGGUAAACCCUUCUAGUUCAUAGAGUGGAAAAAGUUACCAGGUCAGUGAACGGCAAUAGCAGAUGAAAAGUGUAAGGCAGGGUUACCUAAACAGUGGAGUUUUGUUCUGUUCCUGCAGUUGAGUACAUUUCUAUGAGACUCUGAAGGAAAAGGUGCAGCAUACAGUUUUUAUGUUCAGAAAAGGUAUUAGUAAGUUUUUAUUAUUGUUAUGGGUCACAAAUCCAAAGAGAUACAGAAAAAGUCACUUAUUAAAAAACUUAGGUGAUCUGGAACUCCUAUUAAGCAUGACUGGCGUUUCUGUGAUUGCAGAAUUUAGUUGUUCACGUCUGAAGGUGAGCGCAGCUGCCCCAUCAGCGCAAACACCAGACGCCUGCUUUUAGCAUGGGUAGAAGUAAAAUUAACAAUACAGACAUACACAACUUCUCUAGUUGAAAUAUUUCGGAAUGAUAAAAGAGACAAAAGAAGGUACGCUCUGUGAAACCAAAGCCAAUUCAGUGAUACGUUGUUAAGAGAGUCACUGUGAAAGUUGCCCUUUUUAUCACUACAAGUAUUAUCAGCAAACACUAGAAAGGGGAUGGGUGGAAGCUGGGGGAGAAAGGGGAGCAGCUCCAAUAUGUGACGUGCUCCUGUCUUUAAUGUGGGUGUCCCCAGGAUUCCCUGUGACCUGUGGGCUUGACGGCUAUUUGACAGCCUGCCAGGACCGGUGGUGCAGAAGUGACAGACCUGCAGGCAGCAGUGGGCAGAGCCAUUUGGCCAUCUGCUCCAUAGCAGCAUAGGGGGGAUUUGGGGGUCUUGAUGAGGCCUUGGCCUCUUGUGCACCGUCGUUGCCGGAGGAAGCUGGACUAGUAGAGGAUAACAGCAAUAAAUUCCUGUCCUAGAUCACAGGAAGGAAGCAGGGCUGAGGACUUGCAGCUCCCUGACAGGAUGAGUCCCAGUAACACUCCAGGGGCAACGCACCUCUUGUCUCUCUCACGUCCUUUCUCAAACAUCUGCCUGGAAAUUUUUGCUUCCUGUUCUGCGGCUGCCUCAGCAGCGUGUCUGCCGUCUGCAAGGUUGUACGUCGGUUUGCAAUAACAAGCAAAAGUUAUUUUGUGAUGGACGAGGCAUAUAAACUCGGGCUAAGCUCGAAUGUGCUUUCCAAGGGUUUCCUCUUCCAUGAGCCUGCUGAGAGCCAAUAAACUCUGUCUUCAUCACCAGUCGGUCUUCACUGUACCUACACACAGAGAACAAAAAUAAAGCAGCAUAAUCGUGUUAAGACAAGAUGCUAACUUACAGAAAUAUUACGUAGAAGAUUCUGUUCUCGUUAUUAACAUCCCGGGUUGGUGGUGGCAAUGCACUACCGUGGGGGAGCACAUUAAAGAAAGCUGAAAAUGGCACAGAUAACAACUAACGUAUUAGCUAAAAUAUGAAUCUGCUGCAUUGUAUAUUUUAAGUGGUUUCUAUGAAAUUACAUUGAGAGAGUAAUGAUUAGUUUACACACUGUGGAGUUGUUGUAUUUUGGAAAGAAAACCAAUGUUCUCACCUUUCUGAAAUUCUGUUUGAAUUCUUCUUGCCAACGUUGUAACAGAAUAAUCAGUCACUUAACACAUUCACCCUUCCUGCAAGUUCACUGCCGCUUACCUUAAGGUCUAUUUUUAUCUGUUUAUUUAAUGGUAUCUUCAGCCAUCACUACUUAUAACCUAAAUACAAAACCUGUUUAAUGAUUUACUCGCUAGGUUUUAAUGUUGUUGUAUUUUUCAUAACAAUCAACCUGGCCUCUCCUCCUUGAAUGGUACUUCAUAAAUUUAUCUGGCACAUAGCAUCUGAGGUUCCUGGUCGUACGGCCUGUGUCUGUCAUGAAAUAUAUUUUACUUAAUUGUUAAAAGGUACGUUUUAAGCUGGUUAAUCUUUGACUUAUUUAUUGAAACUUUUCAGCACAUUCCAAAUUCUAAGUUGCUCAGGAAGAAGUUGAUUUAAAUGAUUUUAUUUUGGUCUGAUGAAUAUUUCGUAUUCCAAAAAAAAAAAAAAAUCAUUGUUUGUAAGCCUUUAGCCCACGACAGCUUUGUAGGAAGUGCCAUGCAUGUACUUGUAAAUCUUUGUGGGGGGGAAAAAGGUGGGUGCUUGACAUUUAUGAAAAAAAGAAAACAUAUGUGUACAUUAGCUUAGCUAUAAAUGAAAGCAACGUAUGUUUUGGGAUGAAUAUUCUUUAACUUAUUCACUACCAUCUCCUGAAUUAUAAAUAAGCCAUAUGACUCUUUAUUUUUCAGUCCAGUGAUGUUUAAAAAUAAAACUUGUACAUUUCU